UAUCUGUCACACUGCGGAUUGUGGCGUCGGGAUGCGUUCAGGCUCCGGUACCGGGCCCACCGUCCAGCCUGUUUACUUCAGGGACCUCUAAACCGGAUUAACGACUUGACCGGCCCGGUUUACCGACUGGUUGGUGCAACGCGACGACACCCGGUGUGUGCGUGUGUGUCGGCCCGCAGCAGCGCCAGGGACGCCGGCUUUAAUCCCGGUCCUCUUCGGGAUUAAACGAGGCGUCGGAGGGUCGGUCUGCUCCCGGUGGCCGGCUUCAACACCGGAGACUACCGAACCGAUCCCGGGUCAGAAGCCCCCCAGACUGCUUAUUGGUCGUGUUACGUGUUAGUCUCCGGAACUCUUGAGCCCACGUUAGACCUUUAUGGACCCUCUGGUGCCCGGUAACGACCUCCGGAACGCUCAGUCCGGUACGGACCGGAAGAGGAUCCCGAACCGAGAGACGCCGACGGUAGGGUCAGAAACACCCGUUUCUUGAGUUCGGUUCCCGGUGCUGAGUCCACGACCCGCAUGUGGUGGUCUAGAGGAGACCGGCAUGGAAGACUCGGCUCCAGGUAAGACCACCAUGGGGACCCAGGGACCCGGAAGGAAGAGGAUCCCGAACCAGGAGAAGCGGACCGCCGAGGACGACUCUCUGAACCAGGUCGCACGAGAGGCUGAGGCCCGGCUGGCGGCGAGGAGAGCGGCGAGAGCCGAGGCCCGAGAGAUCCGGAUGAAGGAGCUGGAGAGGCAACACAAAGAGCUGUUUCACAGCCACAAGGAGGACAGUGAGCGGUAUGCUCGCCACUCACGGAGACACACUUCGAUGUCUGACGAUGAAGAGCGGAUGUCUGUGGGCAGUCGAAGCAGCCUGAGGCCCUCAGACUACAGUGGCUUCCUGGGCUCCAGCUCCAGAGCCUCCUCCAGGGCCAGCUCAGCUCGUGCGAGCCCAGUGGUGGAGGAGCGACCCGACAGAGACUUUAUGGACAAAGUUUCAAGGACCGCCUCCACGCUCUCCGCCGCCACGCUCGCCUCUCUGGGCGGAGCUUCGUCUCGCAGAGGAAGCUGUGACACGUCCUUCUCCGUGGAGACGGAGGCGUCCAUCAGAGACAUGAAGGACUCCCUGGCCCAGGCGGAGGACCGGUACCGUAAAGCCAUGGUUUCUAAUGCUCAGCUCCACAACGAGAAGUCCUCUCUGAUGUUCCAGGUGGAAAACCUGAAGGAGGAGCUGGGCGACAUGGAGGAGCUGCUGUGGGAGAACCGGAGGCACUGGGACGACCGCACCAAGGAGGUGGAGCGUGAGCGUCAGGCUCGUCUCCUCCUGCAGCUCCGGCUCACGGAGAUGGAGGAAGCUCUGAGGCGCUCCGAGGAGAUGCUGACGGAGGUGUCUGACCUCCGGUUGAAGAGCAGCAGCUACUGUCAGGAGGUUUCUGACCUGCAGGAGGUUCUUCAGUGGAAAGAGAAGAAGAUGGCGGCGUUAGAGAAGCAGAGAGAAAUCUCUGACAUCGUUCGAAUCGAACGUGACCGGCUCAGAAACGAUGUCGUCAGACUGAGAGAUUUACUGAAGAAACACGGAGUCAUCUUCUCUCCCGAGUUCUCCACCAAUGGGGAGACGGGACCAGGCGAGGAUGAUGAUGUCAGCGCAGAAUCUGACCCCCGAUUGGCCGAGAGCACACUCGGGGAAGUUCAAGAGCGGCAGCCAGCAGAGGGCAUCAAACUCCCGCAGGCCAGAGUGGAGUACAACCGCUCUCGGAUUCGUAAACUAAGCGUCAUUUCUGACAGCGAUCUAACCAAAACUUUAGUGAAGGGGUUUGAUAAACAGGCCAGAGACCAAACAGGAAAACAUCCAAGAAAAAGUGAGGACGCAAGGAAACUACCGAGAAACAAAGGGAGUGAGAAAGAUCCAAUCAAGAAGUUUAGAAUCGGACAGUUUAGAAAUGAGGGAAUUAAAAAACAACGGAUGAAAAAACCUCACAGUGAACCGGUAUCAUCAAACCGGGAUGUCCUUGUGGCCGAAGUGGAGCGCUCCUUUGAACACCGAAUAUGCAAUAUCCAAACUAAUCUGAAUGUUCGCAGAGCUGCAACUGAAAAGGUCCACAAGUCAAGACUUGUUCCACCUCAACUCGCAAGAGACCUGAUCCUGGACAACAAGGCAGUGGUGCCACGUUUCAUGGCUGCUGGCAAACUGAACUCUCCGACUCAAAAGAAAGUUCUGAUGGGGAAUGAGACUCCGUCUUCUUGCAAGGAUGUCGCGCAAAAGUGUUCGUCCGCUGUUGUUCGUAUUUUUCAUAAUCAAGUGAAAGUUGGAAACAUAUGCAGGGAUGAAAGCUGCUCAGAAGGGGAAGGAGUGAUGGAUAUUCCAGCUUUGGGUGCAAAAGAAUAUAAAAUAGAUCAGUUCAGUACUCCGACGUCAGCGGACAGUUUGAAAGAAAAUGAGUUUGUUGACGAGUCGGCUGAAAUUGAUGGUGACAAGUGUGAAGGAGGACGUUUUGUAUAUCAAGAUACAAAGGUUCUCAGAGAUUUGGUAGAGAAUGAUACGGUUGUAUCGAUGGCUGAAGCUUCUCAUAGCCUACAACAACAGCCAGAGGAUUUAGGAAGCACCCAAAAUGAAGACGAGGUCUUGAAGGUUGAGGGGGAUGGAAAUUGCUCUAGUGUACCUGAAGGGCCAAGCUUGGAAACCAAGCUCAAACCAUCAGAGCUUGAUGCAUUUUUACCAGCAGAGGAGGCAAUUGUUGAUGGACAGUCGGGUACACAGGAAGCUGUUAGAAAAGCUGUUCAGAUUAAGGAAAAGAGUCAAGUCAAUUCCUUUGAAUGUCCCGAAUGCACCAACCGGACAAAAACACCAACCACUCCAUUAGUCCCUAUUGAGGUGUGGACAGACAGGAGUUGUUUGGAAAAGACAAUCCAAAGCAUGCUGAGAGGGUUUGUGGAGAAUCAGGGUUUUUCAGCUGAAAUCUCAAGUAUUGUCCCUGAGAUCUCAGAUUGUCUCAAUCAGUGGAUUUCAGAUUUUGAGAAGAGGAUAAAGAAUGUUGAGGAAAAUGUGUCAAAUCAGGGUGAUUCAGUUGACCUAGAAUCAACAGAACAAAUGAUGGGUAUUGAACUUCAAGUCGAGGGUGAACUGCCUUUAAAGGACCUCCAAGAAAGAACUGAAAGAACUGAAGAGCCUGGAAGUGAGGAACAGAGUGCUGCUAGAGAUUCAACUCUCAUUAAAGGCAUGUCGGAAGUAGCUUCUCUGGAGGUACAUCCCCAAACUUAUGAUGUCUCUGUGGGCUCGAGUGUUCGUGAAGACCUUCAGGAUCCUCCAGCAAGUGACGACCAAGAGGCAUCAGAAGAUAACUUGGGAGGAAGAUUUCCUUUCAAGGUGGAAGUCACUGAAUCCUAUCAUGAAGAAAUGCUGAGGGUGAAUUCUGUUGACCGUCAAGAAGAAAAGCAAAGUCAGAGCGAUCCAACAGUGGCGAGCCGGUCUGAGGAAUUAGUUUUCAUCGAAUUUUACUUUGCUGAACAUGCAAAAACCCAAUCUGCUCCUGCUGACGAAGUUGUUGAGACACAACUCAAAAGGCAUCGAACGUUAUCAACAAACUCUCAAAGUUCAAAGGUCAGAAGGCUUUUAGAAAUAACUGCAGAUGAAAUCAAGGCGAUGGCUGUUCCCGAGUUGCUGUUGAUGCGUCUACAAGAAGGAACAAUCGUUGAGGAUCACCAUAUUGACGAGUCAUCAGUAUCAAGUACUGAGGAUCAGGAAGAGUCGUCAGUCGGACACAUAGACAGUUGCGAGGAGGUUGGCGAGGAAACGUUACAGCAACCGGCAACGCAGCAACAACCGGCGAUGCAGGUUGGCCUCGGAGAUGUAGAAGUUGUUCCAGCGGCGAGCAGCAUGAAACUACGGAGCGGAGAGAAAAGAGUCGGUUUGCAAAGCAGGAAAUACAAACACAAAACCGACUGCCAGAUUUCAUAGAUUUGAGGCAGAAUAAAGUGUAAUGUAAUAAUCACUGAUGUUAAAUCUGUAAGUUGUUGAUUAAGUCAAUUUAGUUUAAUUGUGUUGGAAUAAGGAAUAAAGUUAGUUGUAAUUCACAUUGAGUUCUCUUCUCCUUCUGCUAUCUUUUCCAUAUUUACUUUGCAAGAUUCCCCUCCCGGUAUCCUGUGCUUAGUGUUAUGUAACUUCCUGAAGUCUCUAUUGGCUGUUAUGAAACCGCUCAGAGCCACAAAAUAUGUAAUAAACAGACCAAAUUUAAACCGGAGAAAACAUGGCUAACUUUGUUAGGAUCUAGAAUCAAAUUAUCAGGCCAUUAAUGCUCAAUAACUGUACCUCGACUACUUUUUCUGUUUGUAUGAUGUGUGUUAAGUCGUCUUUUCUUUCAUAAAACCAAAUAUUCUCUUUGAAAACACUCCUAAUAAAGCAUACAUUUAUUUAAUUAACUGUAGUUUUAAUAUUUUAUUGAGUUCAUUUACAUGGUGUAUUCAUCAGUGUGUCUGCUUCUUGCCAGUGAAAUCACAAUGUACAGGGGUAAGAAACUGUAUUUAUUCACCUCAUUUAUGAAUACUUUUGUUUUUCUUUAAAUUUGAUUUCUUUAGGUAUUGAUAAUUAUGGUAAAUCAUUUAUAAUUCAAUCCAUAAUUAUUUGAGAAUAAUUUGUGCUGAUUAAUUAUGAUAAAUAAUUAUUGUUUUUAUGUUAUGAGUAUAACAUUUGUAAUUUAACAUUUCAAAUCGCUCAACUUGAAGCUUCAUUAAGGGAUUUGUGACCACUAGAUUGCAGAUUGACUCAAAUCAAAUCAACAAACAUGAAGGAUUUCCACCUUUUUAUAAAGUGGUCAAACGGCUCCACGAUCAAUGUGAUCAGCACAUUGAUCAUGUCUGUAAUUACUAGUGGGGUUCCUCAGGGUUCUAUUCUUGGCUCUUUUAUGUUUCCGAUUGGUUAUAGAAACACAAAACGUGAUGUAAUAAAUAUGACUUACUGGAGCUUUUGUUUGUAAGUAUGUUGUCGUGAUUCACCUGAAUAUUCUCACCUGUAUCUCUGAUGUUCAGCUCGAGUCACAGGUGAUAUCAAAUCUUUUCUU